AGGAAAUCUCAUGUUCUUCCUCUUUCCUUUUUCCUUUCCCUUUCUCUUUUUCUCUCUUGAUUCACUUCCGUCCACUUUUGUUUCCUUUUCCUUAUAGGCAUAGCCAUUGCUAAGCGUCUUUACCUCUCCAUUACUUUUGUUAUAUUUCCCAACAUUUUAUCUUUUAUUUUUCACUCAUUUGGGUUUAAACUCAUAUCCAUUAGUAUAUAUCUUUACCUUUCUUCUUCUUUCACUCAUAUUCUUCCCUUUGUUCUUUGCUUAGUUUAGCACAUGUUUGUUUGAUCAUAAAGUUGGUAAUUUGUACCUUUUCUUCUCAAUUAACUAAGUUUUUUACUUCAAUCUUGCUAAAUAUAUUGAUCCUAAUCAAAACUUCUCAACUUUUUCUAGGAACAAUUUGUUUUUUCAUGUAUUUUUAACCUAAAAAGGUAUAAUUUCAAUCACCCAAUACCUGUUUUCCAAAGUAAAGCUACUUAACUACAAAAGUUUUAAUCUUUUCAAUCAUGUUGGCACCAAUCCUAUAAAAAUUUGCCUCUAAAGAGGGAAAUUCUUAAAAUUUCAUCUGGGGAUUUGGGUUUUUGUGUAUUUGUGCUGAUUCAAUGGGAUUAUGUCAUGCAAAACCAAUUGAAAUUCCUGAAACCCAAUUGGAAACUGAGGUUUUUAAUGGAGAAAAUCAACCCAUAUCAUCAAUUACAGGAAGUGGAAAAACCCCAAAAUUCCCAUUUUAUAGCCCAAGUCCCUUACCAAGUGGUUUUAAGAAUUCCCCUGCAAAUUCUAGUGUUACAUCAACUCCAUUAAGGUUCUUUAAGCGCCCUUUUCCUCCUCCUUCACCAGCAAAACACAUUCGGGCUUUGUUGGCCCGGAGACAUGGGUCUGUUAAGCCCAACGAAGCUUCAAUCCCUGAAGGGGGUGAAUGUGAUAUUGGAUUGGAUAAGAAUUUUGGGUUUUCAAAACAAUUUUUUAAUCAUUAUGAGUUUGGUGAAGAAAUAGGAAGAGGACAUUUUGGGUAUACUUGUGCUGGUAAAGGGAAGAAAGGUAGCUUGAAGGGUCUAGAUGUUGCUGUCAAAGUCAUCCCCAAAGCAAAGAUGACGACGUCUAUUGCGAUCGAGGAUGUUAGAAGAGAAGUUAAAAUAUUAAGGGCACUUACGGGCCAUAAAAAUCUUGUGCAAUUCUACGAGGCUUAUGAAGAUGAUGACAAUGUUUACGUUGUGAUGGAGUUGUGCCACGGUGGUGAAUUGUUGGACCGUAUACUAUCAAGAGGCGGGAAGUACUCGGAAGAAGAUGCAAAGGCUGUCAUGGUCCAAAUCUUAAGUGUUGUUGCCUAUUGUCACCUUCAAGGUGUAGUUCACCGAGACCUCAAGCCUGAGAAUUUUCUUUUUACUUCCAAAGACGAUAAUUCCCCGCUAAAGGCCAUUGAUUUUGGAUUGUCGGACUAUGUAAAGCCCGAUGAGAGAUUAAAUGAUAUCGUGGGAAGUGCAUAUUAUGUAGCACCCGAAGUUCUCCAUAGAGCCUAUGGGACCGAGGCAGACAUGUGGAGCAUUGGAGUAAUUGCUUAUAUUCUUCUAUGUGGAAGCCGCCCCUUCUGGUCUCGCACAGAAUCCGGUAUUUUCCGGGCUGUCUUGAAAGCCGAUCCUAGUUUCGAUGAAGAACCGUGGCCUGCUUUAUCACCAGAGGCCAUUGAUUUUGUGAAGAGAUUGUUGAACAAGGAUUACAAAAAACGAUUGACUGCUGCUCAGGCACUUAGUCAUCCUUGGCUUUCAGGUUAUCAUCCGGACAUCAAGAUCCCGCAGGAUAUGAUAGUGUACAGGCUCGUACGAGCAUAUAUAUGCUCUUCUUCCCUGCGGAAAGCAGCUCUUGGGGCUCUUGCAAAGACAUUAACAGUCCCUCAGCUAGCUUAUCUGAAGGAACAAUUUCAGAUGCUUUCUCCAAGCAAAAGUGGUUACAUAUCAAUGCAAAAUUUCAAGACGGCGGCAUUGAGGAUUGCGACGGAUGCUAUGAAAGAUUCUCGAGUUAUCGACUUUGUCAACCUGGUUAGUUCUAUCCAGUACCGAAAGAUGGAUUUUGAAGAAUUUUGCGCUGCGGCUAUUAGUGUGCACCAACUAGAAGCAAUGGAUACAUGGGAACAACAUGCACGGCGUGCUUAUGAGCUGUUUGAGAAGGAUGGAAAUAGGCCUAUAAUGAUUGAAGAACUGGCCUCGGAACUCGGACUUAGUCCAUCAGUACCAGUUCAUGUCGUUCUUCAAGAUUGGAUUCGACACUCUGAUGGGAAGCUCAGUUUUCUCGGGUUUGUCAGACUUUUGCACGGAGUCUCUUCUCGCACAUUUCAAAAAGCAUAACCUACGUGAGAACACUUCUAUGAUACGAGUUUCUAGUUACCCCGUGGCCUAGAUUUCUCGUGGUGAGGGAUCUUUUCUGGUAGAAAGUUGGCUGCAGAGGUCACUUUAUCGUUAACCCUUAAAAUAUCUGACCGUUAAUGAAACCUUUGCAAGCUUCUGCAUCAUUCAGUCUUUGCUGGUGCUGAAAGGUAGAAAAAUGUACAGAUGAGAUUUAGAUUAGUGAAUUGCUUGAAGUGAAAACCAAAAUUUUUGUUACGGUUUUUAGGUACAACUUGUCAUGGGCUUUCACCGGCCCUGCCUCGUUGCACACCUCAAAUUUCGUAUACUACAUGCACAUGUUUCUCAUAAUGGAGGGAAAACUAUUUCGUGUAACAUUAUUCACUAGCUAGUCCAAACCACCAUAAAACGCAUUUUCGAUUCAUAAUUAGAUCAGCGAAUCAUGUGACACAAAAACUAUCUAUGAUCGCAUCAAUUUCAACAAACGGACAGUCGAAUGUGUGGUGGAUGAUAUGAAGACGUAUUGGCCAAUGAUCGUGAUGUAAUGAGACUGGAGGGUGUUGUGUUUUGCUUAUGUUGAUAUACAUGAAUUUGUCAUGAAGUGUCUCAAUUUGCUGAGCCGUGGGCGGUAGGUAAUUAGGUACAACCAUAUGAAAUGUAGCAAUUUGGUCAUGAGUUUGUCCUAACUUGUUGAGGUUGUGUCAUGAGUGACCUCUAAAAAUGUAUGAUGAUAUAAGAAAUAUAUAUUUGGUUUGUUUUGGUUUCAA